ACAGGUCACAGAUAGAUUUUAGGGGCAAGAUUUGAAUUUUACCAAAAAAGCGGACGAAAAUAUUUCGUUAGGAACAUGUUGAUUUUCUUACUUUGCCUAGGCAAUGUUGUUGGACAAAACUCACAUGAGACUCAUGAAAGUCCAAGAAUUGUUGGUGGUGUGGAGGCCAAGGACGGAGCUGCGCCUUACCAAAUUUCGAUCCAGUACCAAUCGCGCCAUUUCUGCGGUGGCGCCAUCAUUUCAGAAAAAUGGAUUUUAACUGCCGCACACUGUCUCGAAGGAUUCAAACCUAGUGACUUCAAAAUUUUGGCUGGAACUAACGACCUCGAAUCGGGAAAUAAAAGUUUUGAAGUGGAUUUUAUUACAUAUCACAGCAGAUUCCAUAUGCCACGUUUCCACAAUGAUAUCGGUUUGAUGCGUCUGAAAGCGCCGUUGAAUUUUACGGAUCGCGUUCAGAGCAUCGAGUAUUCGGAGAAGUACGUUCCGGAAAAUGCCAGCGUAACAUUGACCGGGUGGGGUCGUCUCUCGGCAGGAGGAACCGCUCCGAAAAAGCUACAGAUCAUCGACUUGAUACACGUGGACUACGAACGGUGUCGGGAGCUGCACAACGAUGAUCCCAGCGUCGAUAUCGGACAUUUGUGCACGUUCACAAAGAAGGGUGAAGGCGCUUGUAACGGUGAUUCAGGCGGACCACUAACAUGGAAUGGAAAGCUGGUUGGAAUUGUUAAUUGGGGAAUUCCUUGCGGAAGAGGAGUCCCAGAUGCCCAUGCUCGAGUUUCCUACUAUCACGACUGGAUAAGAACCAACAUAGCGAACAACGAAAAAACCAAUGUUUCUAAUGUUGAGACUUUUUAAAUUUUUCCUUGAAAAUUUCUGCCUUUUUUCCAUGUUAUAUACAUAAGCUAACAGCGGAUUUGAGCAAUUCAUUGACCAACAUUUUCUGUACCACAUGUUAUAUAUCUACCUGUAAUGAGUAUUUUAACAAAUCUAUUGGUAUGUCCAAAAUUGCGCGUUUGGAACAAUAGAAAUCCAUUUUCCCUCAAAAACAAAUAACUCUCAUUUUUUUUACAUUUUCAAUAUUAAAGAGCAGAAAAAAUGCAAAUAAACAGUUCCGAUACCAGAGAAAGAUAUGAAAAUUUGUUUUCCUGAGCU